UGCAGCUGUAAAACACACCUGUGAACGCGGGCUGGGCUGGGUGCGGUAGCGCGCGCGCGUGCCAGAGCUCAAACUUCGCGCGGCCAUGUGGGGGGUCAUCUCGUACCUGAACAGCCCCGAGCUGGUGGUCGGCUUCCAGCGGUGCUGCGGCCUGGUUCUGAGAGAGACUCGCUCGUUUACUCCUCAGAACGGAUGCAUAAACGCGAAUGGAUCCGACAAGGACGGUCCGGUCACGAUCCACCGGCGCAAAGCGGAGCAGGUGGCGAACGGGACGUCACGCGCUCAAGACAGUAACUCCAACUAUAAAUGCGACAGUUCACAAUAUGAAAUCAAAGAGCAUCCCAGGCCUCAUUAUGAGGUGAGGAAUUGGAUUUUCUACUUCCUGUUUGUGACGUCGGCCACUUUGGGGCAUGAGGUCUUUUACAUCACCUUUCUGCCCUGCAUCCACUGGAACCUCGACCCCUUCCUGUGCAGGAGACUCGUCAAUGUGUGGGCUGUGGUGAUGUAUAUUGGGCAAGUGAUGAAGGAUAUUUUAAAGCUGCCCCGUCCUCCAUCGCCCCCUGUGGUCAAACUGGAGACGCGUGUGGAUGCGGAGUACGGAUUGCCAUCCACACACGCCAUGGCAGCAACAGCCAUCUCAUUCACACUGCUUCUCAGUGCUCACGAGAGAGUAAAGUUCCCGUUUGAGCUGGGAUUGAUUGUGGCCGUGGUUCUGUCUGCACUGGUGUGUCUGAGUCGUCUUUAUACCGGCAUGCACUCGGUUCUGGAUGUGAUUUGUGGCGUUGUAAUUUCAGCCGUCAUCAUGGCCGUGUCGUACCCGUACUGGGGAACCGUUGACUUCCUGCAGCUCCACAGCCCCAUCUCCCCUGUCGUGGCAGUGGUACUGCCUCUCUUCCUGUCCUACAAGUACCCAGAACUAGACCAUUACAGCACCACACGGGGGGACACCACCAUUAUUUUAGCAUGCAGUGCGGGAUGUUCGAUUGGAUACUGGGUGAAUGAGCGUUUGGGCUUGACCUUUGACCUAGUCGGGCCUUUUCCAGUGGCUCUGCCACCUCUGACCCUUGCGGCCUUGGGCCUCGGUGUGGCACGGUUCCUGGUGGGGUUAGUGAUGCUGGUCCUGACCCGGCAGACGGUGCGCUGGGCAAGCCUGCGGGUGCUCUGCCGGAUUUACGGAGUGUCUGUGAGUGACGUUGACGCACGCAGGAGGAAAGAGAUCGAAGUGCCGUAUAAGUUCAGCACGUAUGUUUCCAUUGGACUGGUCAACAGUAUCUUGGUGAACAGAGUGUUUGUGAUGAUGGGACUUUGGGAUUUGGGAAAUUCUGUGUAAUUUCUCAGUGUUUACAGGCGACUUUGAACAGAAUCCCUCUACAUCAUAGAUUCUCAGGGAGAAAUUUACAUUAGUCUUUGUCCAGAAAUGACUUGCACAUUUAACCUAACUUCUCACAUUAAACAGGAUUUGAAAUUUUGAAACAUUUUGAAAACUGAAUUACAGUUUUUGGAUGUUUUGUGUUAGGGCUGGGUAAAAAAACAAUAGACUUAACCGAUUCACAUUUUUAUGAACCGAUAUCAAUUUGUAAAUCCCAAGAAUCAAUCUUUUAGUCUAUGAAUGAACAGAACAUUGUAGCGUGCCUCCCAUCCAUUAAAUCACAAUAAGCUUUGUUACUUUUGAUAUUAAACAAAGUCUCAUAUUUCAAAUUAUGUCCAUUUUAUUUACGAAAUUCAAACAAUACCAUUUUGGCACUCUUUAACAUGGCAUGGCAGAUUGCUGUUGCCGCCUCAGUUCAAGUGAAGGGGCAGUGUGGAGCGCACGUGAAACGAUCAUCUCUUUGUCUUUACUACCAGUUACAGCGCGAAAUAAACAUGAAUGAACAUCAGAAGGUAUGUUAAGUGUUACAGUACAACUUACAGAAAUCCGUAUCAUGUCUCAUGUAAACGCUCAAUCUCAAACCGUAGAAAGAUGUCAUAAAACAGCUUGUUAACAAUAGCUAUGUCACGUAACCUCACAUUUACCUCAGAAAAGCCAUUCAGUGAGCAUGAACUCAUGAGUCAGCUAGAAAAAUGAACUCUAGAUUGGAGCUUUUUAAAUAUGCACCAUAUUACUUGUUCAUUAUAUUUUUAUUGUUCUUCAAAAUGUAUGUCUGAAAUCAGUCACAUUUGACAGCCACCAUUGAAAUGUUUAUAUUUAAAAAUUAAUUGGAGUAGAAACAUAAUUAUGUAAGUUAGUAUUAUAACUUUAUUAUGACGCUUCUUUGUGUUUAAUAAGUGUUUGUAUACAAACUUUUUGGGUUAACAGUUACAAAUGUAACCAUGGUUCCCUGAGAAGGGGAACGAGACACUGCGUCUAACAAGAUGUCGGGGUACGACUUGUCAGACGCAGUGUCUCGUCCCCCUUCUCAGGGAACCAUGGUUACAUUUGUAAAUGUUAACCUGGGAAGUGUGAAUCUGAGACACAGUGCGAGUUCCCAUUCAAAAAGGGACUUAUUUUAAACUUCAAUAUUAUAGUAAUAUAGUAACCUACCAACUGACUCCAUGUAUAGUGUACAGCAUUAGUUGAGGGAUUUUUGUUUCCUUAAGAAAAAAAGCCAUGUAGCGUGCCUGAUAUAUAUGCAAAAUAAUUGAUAUCAAAUUGAAUUGAAUCGGAAUCGAAUCUAAUCGCAAGCUUGUGAAUCGAAAUUGAAUCGAAUUGUGAAAUUUGUGUCAAUACCCAGCCCUAUUUUGUGUCAUUUCGCUAGCAUUUUUAAAGGAAUGUUCUUGCUUAAAUACAAGCUAAAGGUGAAGUGUGUAAUUUCUGUGCCACAAGAAUCACCAAAUGAAAUCAGACACCUGAACAAAGGUUAAUGGAAAAAAGGCUAAUAAAUUAUUAACUCGAUGCCCAUCUGCUAUAAAGUAAUGCAGGAGUCCUAAAACCCAGAAUUUAGUUGCCAUUUGUGUGUAUGUGUGAGUUGUUGUGUUUUUUUUUUUACCAGUAAAAAUCGCGUUCUGGGGGCAACCCGUGGCAACAAUGUAAAAGUAGCCAAAUUGCGCAGAAAAAAUGUGGACUUGGUAACACUGAAAUAAAGACUGAAAGAGUUGUCGGAAGCUACACUAGUUAAUGUGUUAACUCUUGUGACUGUAGUGUAGCUUAUUGAUCACCUAACUUUAACUUUUUACUUUUACCGAUUAAAGUAGAAACAUCAAAGUUUGUGAAUAUUAUCUUGCACAACAAACGUGCAACAAAUGAACAAAACGUAUAAGAAUCAUAAACUUUUGUUGGACUCAGAGCAUAUUUUCUGCUAUAAUCCAAUAGCCAAUGGAAAAAUCCUUUAGGGUUUUUGGUGAGGGAACCAGGGUGAUUUGAACUUCUAGUUUAGCCUACAAAAUUAAGUCAUCCCUCCAACGUUCUAGUGGUCAGACAGACAGUCCUGCCCUAAACCGCAUUGGUUGAGUCAGUGUUGAUGUUAACGAUCAAAUAAAUAGAGUGAUAUUUUAAUCACACUUUUUGUGGGAUCAUCCAAUGUAUGCCUCACAUGAAGAUGGGAUACGAGAACAUUACACAUUUCACCUUUAUAUUCUCUGGAGAGGAACUGGCAAACUGUUGAUUUCUACAUUCGGCUUGUACUUUUAGUUGUAAAAAGUGCAAAAAAUUAACUUUGAUUGAAAGUUCGUUUUUAUCAGAUGAUGUUUAUGACAUAAUUUUUACUAACACAUAACACCUGUUAUAAAAUGCUUUGACUGCCUCAACUCUAUGAACAUUUGUCCUAUUACUUUUUUUUUACCAUAUAGUUAUGCAUUUGAUAUUUAUUACAAAAUGCUGAAGAACAUAUUUAGUACUUUGGCAUUCAGGAUGUGUGUUUAUGAGCUUUUACAGAUGUGGUGAAGGAAAUGAAUAAACACAAUAAAAAUGGCACUUAAAAAAGUGUCGCCUCUCUCCAUCUGC